GUCGUUUGGCUAACUGCCGCUAACUGGACUGUGGACACAAAAAACUGCGAAAUCAAGGAGAGGGACAGCGCCCAGAAUAACUGUAAACCUCUGCUAAUUGCGUGGAGCAUCGCGUCGGAAAUGAGACUCCGGUCAUCUUCUCCGGGCUGUCGGACAUUAAAACAGAGGACAUGUCCUUCGGUUUGUUGAAGCCACAGCGCUACACUCAACUCUCCAAGCAUGCUACAGUAGUGACAGUAUCUCUCUACUCAGCAGCACUGUUUGAUCCAAGAGAAACGUGCCUUGUAAGGAAGCAGGAUGUUCACGGGCUCCACCAAACUGCCACCCACUAAAACCCCCCAGCCCGAGCGGCUGGAUGAAGUGUAUGCUGCCUUACGCAAAGGCUUACAGUCGUACCUGCAGGUCCACCAGCUGGAGCUGGACAGUCUGGGGCAGCAGAUCAGAGAGAACAAGAAGAACAGUCGUUUGGGGUCUUUGUAUGAGCAGGAUAAGCAAGUGAAAGCCAUAGAGAGGUUUAUGCGACGCUUGGACUUCCAUCUCAGCAAGGUUGAGGAGCUCUACGAUGCCUAUUGUAUACAGCGGCGACUGCGUGAUGGAGCAAGUAAGAUGGUGGCGGCCUUCAACUCCGCCACUGGCAGCAAAGAGGCCAGAGAGAGCCUGAGUGAAGCCAACAAGGGCUACAGGGAAUGCACAGAGCACAUGUGCUCACUUGAGAGUGAAUUAGAAAGCCAGAUGGGAGAGUUUCAUGUCAAGAUGAAGGGCCUCGCUGGCUUUGCACGGCUGUGUGCUGGUGACCAGUAUGAGGUCCUAAUGCGCUACGGGCGGCAACGCUGGAGGCUACGAGGCCGGGUGGAAGUCAGCAACAAGCAGAUGUGGGACAGUGAGGAAUACAUCUUUCUGCCGCUCGUCACGGAGCUGCUGUCAAUCAAGGUGACGGAGCUAAAGAGCCUGGCCAAUCACGUGGUGGUGGGCACCGUGUCCUGCGAAAUGCUCGACCUGUUCUGCCCGCUCCCCCAGACGCUUGCCGUGGAUAUCAACGACCUCGGGACGGUGAAGCUGAACUUGGAGGUCACCUGGAGUCCGUUUGAUAAGGAUGACCAGACAUCAUCCACUAGUACAGUUUCCAAACGGCUGCUGUCCAAUCAGAGCCCUCCAGACACGCCCUCCAUGCGGGAGCAGGUGUUUUAUUCUCUGUUAAAGCGACAGGGAGAAAUGGAGAACGGAACAGUCUGGUCCAACUCCUCUGAAUCAUCCGAUGACUCCUCCAGUCCAGCCUUGGCUCACCAUGCUCAGAGGCUGACGGCCUCCAACAUGCUGCAAAGCACCCUGACCACUCAGCUGUCAUUCACACCGCACAAGUCCAGUGCUUCAACGCCAUCGCUCUCCUCCAAUCAAGAGGAGGACGAGACAGAAGCCGGGGAGGUUUUCUCUCAGGCAGAUGCGGUGCCUAACGGCCAUCUGCAGACUUCCUGCUCGCAUAGCCAAGUCGGCGAGAGCAGUCCAGACUGUAAUGUAACUGAUAGGGCGUCUGUCCAAUCAGCUGACCUCUCUGAGGCCUCAGCAGACCUGAGCUGCUCAUGCCCUGAUGUCUCCUCUGUGCCUCCUGAGUUUGAUUUGUCUCAAAGCAGCAUCCCACAAGUGUGUGUUUCAGCGGAGGAGGUAAAAGAUGACGCAUCUGAGGACAUAUCAGUCCAGACUGGACGGACUGAAGCAGAUGCAGGAGAGGGACAACAGGUAGAAGAGACACAUCAGUCCGUCCAGGAGUCAAAACAACCAGACGACGCUCCGAAGGCUCCUUUUCCUACUUCUUCUAGUUUCAAUCAAGAAGUCGAGACAGCCCUUGAAAGUUUUGACUUUCUCAACUGCUCUGACCUCGAGGAAGAUGAGGAGGAAAAAGAGGACGAGCAACAACAAGAAAACGAAGAAAAGAAGGAGGAAGAGGAUGGUGCUGAUGAUGAUGAUAAUGAUGAUGAUGGGCAACAUGAAGAGAACCAAAAUAUAAAGGAGGAAGAGAAAGUGGAGGAGGAAGAAAAGGAUGAAAAGAACUUUUACUCUGGAGGAAGUGACGAUGAGGAGGCCGGCGGUCUAGAGAUCCUAAUGGAGGCUCCAGAAGGAUUUAGGAACUCAGAUGAAGAUCGUUUCUCUGAAUCACAGGAGUCCAGCGUGGCAGACAUGCAGGAUUUGAGUCAGAUAGAAAUGCCGGAGGAGCAGGAGGAGCACAGCGCGGAGAAGGGAGGCGACCAACACGGAGACGACACAUCACAUGGUCAGGACGAGCGUCCCUCUACUCCCAGCCACUUGGCCACUACUGUCUUCUGAUGACAGUGGAACCAUAACCAAACCAUUUCUCCCAGUCUGAUCACCAUCUCCCUCUCACUCUGUGGGAUUGGAGGCCCUGAGGUUGUUCCACUCACUGCUCAGACAAACGAGCUCUUCCAUCACGGCAGAGUUUGUGCACACAUUUGCCUUGUUCUGACCAAGAACGAUAAACCUCAUGACAGAAAGUCCCCUUCAGAAUAACUCCCCCCAUGAAGUCCUCAUUCUUUCAACACACACUCCCAUCACAUUGCCUGGGUUGAAGUGGUAUCCCACUUACGUUUACACUUUCAUAAAUGGCUCCUGUCGUGAAAAUUCAGUGUCCAAAAUGUAAACAUUUCAGGAACAGCUAAAAGCGGCCUUGUUUCUGGCAUUAUUACAGUGCAUUUAUGAAGUCAUCCGAUCAUUUUUUUUUUUCCAAGUUGGUGGAUUUCUUCGAUCAGAGAGGCGUUCAAAUCACCCAGAGUUUCACUACAAGUUUAUCAGUAUUUGUGGAUAUGAAAAUCUAUCAAAGUUAUGACUUUUCAGUGUUAAAUCAGUGUACAGCCCAAAGCUAUUUCAGGGAAGAAAAAAAAAGACUUCAUGAGCAUGUGAUGUUUGUCUGAAGAUUUGUGUCGCCGUGCUGUGGACAUGAAGUCAUUUCCAAACCAGGAAUGUACCCUGAAAACUAACAGGAUCUUUUCAGUUUUGGCAUCAGAGACAGUUAAUGAGAACAAUCAGAAAUACACGAGUGCAGGCGUUAUCUUUAAAUCAACAACCAGGAGCAGAAGUAGUGUUAGGAAUGAAUAUAAACACUUGAAGAAUAGGAGUCAGACUCACUAUGGUUCAGUUUUUUACAAACAAGAACAAUCUGCAGUGUAAAACUAUAUUUAAACCUGCAUGUGUAGCUGCCUCACACUGCCAGCAUGUCUGUAUAAAAAAAGCUCAACUGAUCAGUUUAGGUUUGUAAGCUAGGCUCCUGCGCCAGGAAGCUAUCGGGUCUGUAUCUGUGUACAAAAGUCGCCCCAUGAGGGCGCUAUAGUCUUUCAGCAUCAUGCUUUAUGUUGUUCUACAAAAGCCUCGUCAUUCAGAAAGUGCCUCAAGUGACAGAGAAGUAAGGUUUAAAAUGCCAUGAGCAGGAGAGAUCAGGCAAGAGAUAACAGUGUUUAUUUUCUGAAUUACUUUAAGAGUGUGCACAAUAAGAGAUAUUUACUGUUUCAUAUAAAGAAUUGUAUAUGUCUUGAAAAGUUCAAAUGUUUAUGUCCAGAAAUGUUUAAACUUUAUAAAGGUUUCUUUAAAAUGAA